UCUUUAUAUCAGAUACUCCUCUGUUUUGGUGCUACUAUCACACACUCCCACUCUCUCCGCUCUCUAAAACCCAUGGCUGCUUUACUCUCUGCUUCCCUAUCCUUUUUCUUCUUGUUCUUCUUCUGCAAUUUCGUACCCCAAACGCUGUCGUUGUCCUCCGAUCAGAACCUCAAGACCUUCAUUUUUCGGGUCGACAGCCACUCUAAACCCUCUGUUUUCCCCACCCACUACCACUGGUACACUACCGAGUUCGCCGACCCACCUCAAAUCCUACAUGUAUACGACACCGUUUUCCAUGGAUUCUCAGCCACUCUCAACCCUGACCAAGUUGCCGCCAUCACUAAGCAUCCUUCCGUCCUGGCCGUAUUCGAGGAUCAACGCCGUCAGCUCCAUACUACUCGCUCGCCGCAGUUUCUCGGUCUCAGAAACCAGAGAGGUCUCUGGUCCGACUCCGAUUACGGCUCCGAUGUUAUCGUCGGAGUUUUUGAUACCGGAAUUUCGCCCGAGAGGAGGAGCUUCUCGGAUUUGAAUCUUGGUCCCGUGCCGGCUCGUUGGAAAGGAGUCUGCGAGACCGGUGUAAAAUUCACAGCCAAGAACUGUAACAGGAAGAUAGUCGGAGCCCGAUUUUUCGCCAGAGGACACGAAGCGGCGGCGGCGGCGGUUAAUUCCAUCGGCGGCCCGAUAUCCGGAAUCAACGAGACGGUGGAGUUCCGGUCACCGAGAGAUGCCGACGGACAUGGGACCCACACGGCAUCGACUGCCGCUGGAAGGUACGCUUUCAAGGCGAGUAUGGAGGGUUAUGCUUCGGGAAUCGCAAAGGGUGUGGCUCCGAAAGCGCGAUUGGCCAUCUACAAGGUCUGCUGGAAGAAUUCCGGUUGCUUCGAUUCCGAUAUAUUGGCAGCAUUCGAUGCCGCCGUUCAUGACGGCGUCGAUGUCAUAUCCAUAUCCAUCGGAGGUGGUGACGGAAUCUCAUCGCCGUAUUAUCUCGACCCUAUUGCAAUCGGAGCUUACGGUGCUAAUUCUAGAGGAGUAUUUGUUUCAUCUUCCGCUGGAAAUGAUGGACCCACUGGAAUGUCAGUGACCAACUUAGCUCCGUGGCUGACCACAGUCGGAGCUGGCACGAUAGACAGGAAUUUCCCCGCGGUGGUGAUUCUCGGCGACGGUCGCAAGCUCACAGGAGUCUCUCUCUACGCCGGAGCUCCAUUAAAGGGGAAAAUGUACCCGCUGGUUUAUCCGGGGAAAUCGGGAUUGCUCUCUGCUUCACUGUGCAUGGAAAAUUCGCUGGAUCCCAAACUCGUGAGGGGCAAAAUCGUGAUUUGCGAUAGGGGAAGCAGUCCGAGAGUUGCGAAAGGCUUGGUGGUGAAAAAAGCAGGCGGUGUGGGUAUGAUUCUCGCUAAUGGAGCUUCCAACGGCGAGGGGUUAGUCGGCGAUGCUCAUAUCAUCGCCGCUUGCGCAAUUGGUUCUGAUGAAGGCGAUGCCCUUAAAGCUUACCUAUCUUCCACUUCGAGUCCAACGGCUACCAUUGAUUUCCAAGGCACGGUGAUCGGAAUCAAACCGGCUCCGGUGGUGGCUUCGUUCUCUGGCCGAGGACCAAACGGGUUGAACCCGGAGAUUCUCAAACCCGAUUUGAUCGCGCCGGGGGUUAAUAUUCUCGCAGCUUGGACCGACGCCGUUGGCCCAACUGGUUUGGAUUCUGAUUUGAGGAAGACGGAGUUCAACAUUUUGUCUGGAACUUCCAUGGCGUGCCCACAUGUGAGCGGUGCGGCGGCUCUACUGAAAUCUGCUCACCCAGAUUGGAGCCCAGCAGCGAUAAGAUCUGCCAUGAUGACCACCGCUAGCACGGUCAACAACCAAAACCAGAUGAUGACGGAGGAGUCCACCGGCAAACCUGCAACGCCGUAUGAUUUCGGAGCCGGACAUGUCAAUCUGGACCUUGCAAUGGAUCCGGGUCUGGUCUACGACAUCACGAAUGACGAUUACGUAAACUUCCUCUGCUCCAUCGGAUACGGACCCAAAGUGAUCCAGGUGAUUACUCGAUCACCGGUGCAUUGCCCGGCGAAAAGGCCGUUGCCGGAGAAUCUCAAUUACCCAUCUAUUGGCGCUUUGUUCUCGAGCGCUGCGGUGGGUAAAUCGAGCAAGACGUUCAUUAGGACGGUGACGAAUGUGGGCGAGACGAAUGCGGUGUAUCGGGUCGGAGUUCAGGCUCCGAAAGGUGUAACGGUGACGGUGAAGCCGUCGAAAUUGGUGUUCUCUCCCGCCGUUAAGAAACGGAGUUUCUUCGCGACGGUAACGGCGGAUAGUCGGAAUCUGGCGCUGGGAGAUACAGGGGCGGUGUUCGGGUCGUUUUCUUGGACGGAUGGAAAGCAUGUGGUUCGGAGCCCCAUUGUGGUUACCCAAAUUGACCCAUUGUAAACUCGCGAAAUAGAAUAACGAUCAUGUGGUUUUGAUCGAUCAGGGUAGGUUAGAAGCCGCUACGAGUAAUAGAGGUUUUUAACUUUUUUUUUUUUGUUUUUUGUUUUUUUUUGUUUAAAUGAGUGUUACGCCUUUGUUCCAUGGUUUGGAUUAUGCAGCCUAUGUCUGAAAAAAACAAUGGACUACCAAAAGGACUGCUUCCAAAAUCCUUUUUUUUUUUUUUGGUUUGGAGUUCUCUGUGAUAAUUUAUUUUCUUUUUUUUUUUUUUUUGGGAGGGCUUAAUUUUCUUUUUUCCUUUUUAAAUGUAUUAAAAGGUGUAUUAUAGACUUUUCAGACGUCUAUAUAUAUACUCAAUGUUAUAAAUUUUCAUA